UACGAAAUAUAUAAAAUGUCAACAAUUCACUGGACUUUUCGCAUAUUCCAAACACAAAACUCAAAUCAAAAUCGGAAUAGAACAAAACACAAUAAGCUGACUUCCCUUAUUCCAUUCAGUAAUUUCUCAAUUGUUCUAUUAAUUUGGAUAAUAAGCGUGAUAUACAACUUGCAAAUUGCAAAUGCUGAUCAAGUUGUGCUAUUGGACACGACGAGAGAAGCCACUCUGGAAUGGACUAGGUAUCCAUACGGUCCUCAGGCUCAGACUCCAGGCUGGGUAGAGGAAUCAUUCACAGAUUUCGUAAAGGGCAUCAACUGGCGCAGCUAUGUGGUCUGUGAUGUUGCAUAUCACAACGUUAACAAUUGGCUAUGGUCACCAUUCAUUGAUCGCGGACCAGCUAAUCGACUUUAUAUUGAGAUACAGUUCACGAUACGAGACUGUUCGCUAUUUCCAGGAAAUGCUUUGUCCUGUAAGGAAACGUUCAGUUUGCUUUUUUACGAAUUCGAUGCAGCAACUCGUGAGCCACCGCCUUGGCAAACAGAUAGCUACAAACUGAUCGCUCGAAUUGCGGCGGGAGAGGGGCGCUUUAAUCAAAAUUCUGAUGUGGAUAUUAAUACGGAAGUGAAAAGUAUUGCUGUCAGCAAGAAAGGAGUUUAUUUUGCAUUUCGUGAUCAAGGCGCUUGCAUCAGUGUUUUGGCCGUUAAGGUCUAUUACAUAACAUGCCCUGCGGUAACCGAAAACUUUGCUCAUUUCAAUGAAACGCCCACCGGAAGGGAGAUAACAAUAAUUGAGAAACAGAAUGGCACGUGCGUAGAAAAUGCUGAGCCGUAUGAGGCACCAACUUAUUUAUGUAAGGGCGAUGGCAAAUGGACAAUACUAACAGGUGGCUGUCGUUGCAAAGUCGGCUACGAACCAAAUGAAGUUAAUAACACUUGCACAGAAUGUCCUGCUGGCACAUUCCGCUCAGCUGAAGUACGGAAGUGUAUAUCAUGUCCAGCCAAUUCGAAUAGUUCGAAAACCGGAUCCGCGAUGUGCAAUUGUCUAGCAGGCUACUAUAGGCAUCCAGCUGAUGGCAGACAUAUGCCGUGUUAUAAGCCGCCAAAUGCGCCAAUGAAUUUAACCCUAUUAUUUGUAGAUCAAACCAGUGCAAUUAUAUCAUGGUCAGCACCAACAAGGGACGAUAACCAGCUAGCAACCGCAAAUGGUCUGGAGAAAUAUCGAACAGAAGUUGUGUACAAAGUGCGCUGCAGUAGCUGCAGCUCAAAUGUUAUGUUCAAUCCGUCAACGGACACUUUCAAUGAAACAAAAAUCACACUCACUAAUCUGGAACCAGCGACAACAUAUUCAGUACAGGUCCAUGCUGCGAAUAGCAUAUCCUAUGUGGCCGAUAUCGGGCUUUAUUAUAAUUUAACCUAUUCGAGCAGUGAUAAUGCGUUAAGCAAUACUUCAAGCUUUUCAAAUAUUAACGGCCACCAGCUUGAUCUUAGUGAAGUUGAAACAAAAUAUGCUGAAAUUGUAUUUACCACCGAGUCCGCAAUGCUCUCGACUGUGUUCAAUUUAAGAGUGGUUGCCAUAACUAACAAAGAAGCAAGUCUAGUUUGGGAUAAACCAGGGCAGACUGAUGCACCGAUUGAACUAUAUGAAGUACGAUGGUUUCCCAAAUCCGAAAUGGAGACUAUCAAUAACACCACAUUGAACACUAAGGAAACAAAAGCAGUUAUUUAUAACCUACUGGAAAAUACUGAAUACGGCUUCCAAGUACGUUGUAAAACAGUAAAUGGUUUUGGUGCGUAUAGCAACAUGGUGUAUGCCCAGACACAUCAAUCUGUUGGUACAGUUUACGAGGAUUCAAUGCAAAUACGAUUUAUUGCUGGAGCCAUUGUGACUGGCGUGUUCUUCCUGGUCAUCUUUAUUGUCGCCACUGUCUAUUUUAUGAGGUCUAAACAUCAAGAUGAGCUUGACAAGAAGUCCACUAACCACCUGCCGUUACCUAUGGAAUACGCAAGUAAUGAAGGACUCGUUGUGACAUAUAUAAAUGCCAUGGAUACAACUCCAAUAGUCAAGACUCUACAUUCGAAUGUGACGACUCCUUUAUUUGGUAAUAGUCGCAGUUACGUUGAUCCGCACACAUAUGAGGAUCCUAACCAAGCAAUCAGAGAAUUUGCUCGUGAAAUCGAUGCAAAUUAUAUUACAAUUGAGGCGAUAAUUGGCGGUGGAGAAUUCGGAGAUGUGUGCCGUGGUCGUCUUAAAAUUCCUCCAAAUUUUGUCCAGGACAUUGACGUGGCAAUCAAAACCUUGAAGCCAGGGUCCUCAGAGAAGGCGCGUUGCGAUUUUCUAACUGAGGCUUCUAUAAUGGGGCAAUUCGAUCAUCCGAACGUCAUAUACCUGCAAGGCGUCGUGACGCGCUCCAAUCCGGUGAUGAUUAUAACCGAAUAUAUGGAAAACGGCAGCCUGGACACAUUUUUGCGAGUCAACGAUGGAAAAUUUCAAACUCUGCAGCUCAUUGUGAUGCUCCGGGGUAUUGCUAGCGGCAUGUCCUACCUAAGCGACAUGAAUUACGUCCAUCGGGAUUUGGCGGCUCGCAAUGUUCUCGUCAAUGCUCAACUAAUCUGCAAAAUAGCCGAUUUUGGUUUAUCGCGUGAAAUCGAAAAUGCUAGCGAUGCCUAUACCACUCGGGGAGGUAAGAUACCAGUACGUUGGACCGCGCCGGAAGCAAUUGCGUUUCGUAAAUUUACAUCAGCAUCAGACGUUUGGUCUUAUGGAGUCGUUUUAUGGGAAGUUAUGUCUUAUGGCGAACGUCCCUAUUGGAAUUGGUCGAAUCAAGAUGUCAUAAAGAGCAUUGAGAAGGGCUAUCGUUUGCCAGCACCAAUGGAUUGCCCGGAGGCAUUAUAUCAGCUAAUGCUGGAUUGCUGGCAAAAGCAACGAACACAUCGCCCCACAUUUGCCAGCAUUGUGUCUACUUUGGACAACUUGGCUAGGCAGCCACAAUCGUUGCUAACGACGCGAAAUUCUCCAGAAAAUGAUAGCAGUACACAUAUUUUGGAUGCACAACGUGGUCAUAACAUAUUUAUAAGCACUGAUCUAUGGCUGGAGAAUAUCAAAAUGUCUAGAUACAGUCAACACUUUAGAGAGGCUAAUUUAGUGAGUGCUCAACAGAUCUCAAGAUUAACAGCUCAAUUGCUAUCGGAUAUGGGUAUAACAUUAGUAGGGCAUCAAAAAAAGAUUUUACAUCAAGCACGGCAGCUGGAUACAAUAAUAUAAUCAUCAUAUAUAUAUAUGUAU